AUGGAUCUGUUGGUGGAGGAAACCAAAAGAGCUGAUUGCUAUCCUUUCUCUGUGUUGAUGGAAGAGCCAGAUCUUCUGAGCUGUGACUCCAUUCAACUACUGCCAACCUUGGAGCUGGAGGUCAGCCAGAUUGCAGCUGAGGUCAUGUUGGGGAUGGCUGUGUUUAGACAAGGCCCUCAACUGGAUAUCUGGAUGGAGUUCCAGGUGGGAAUCCAGUGGCUGGUCUCAAACAUCUUCUGGUACAACCAUUGCCGCAAGAGGGUUAAGACCAAGAUGAGGGCUUUUAACAAGGCAAAAGAGGAGAUGGACACCGUUCUUACUGGCAUGUUUUCUCCCCUUCCAGUCAUGGACACUAGUACUUACCCCUCUAAAAGCCCUUCAGAAUGA